AUGGCUGUCUUCAAAUCAACCGGUGGUAAAGCACCCAGGAAGCAACCGGCUACAAAAGCCACUCGCAACACUGCGCCCUCUACUGGAAGGUACUGGUACUGUUACAGGCCCGGUACUGUGGCACUCUGGGAAAUCAAACAUUACCAGAAGACCACUGAACUUCUGCUACACAAACUUCCCUUCCAACGUCUGGUGCGAGAAAUUGCUCAGGACUUCAAAACAGAUCUGUGUUUCCACAGCACAGCUAUUGGUGCUUUGCAGGUGGCAGGUGAGGCCCGUCUAGUCGGCCUUUUUGAAGACACCAACCUGUGUGCUCUCCAUGCCAAACGUGUAACAGUUAUGCCAAAAGACAUCCAGCUAGCACGCCGCAUACAUGGAGAACAUGCUUAA